CGUGCGGAAUUGAGUUCGAGUGAAUGUUGAAUGCGAAUGUGAAGGCGACUGUGAAUGCGACUAUCAAAGUCGUGAACUAGACGAGGGGGAACGGUAUUUAAAUCGGUCGGAUUGGAGUGAAUAUACAUAGCUAGAAUAUCCAUAAUUAAAGUGCGAUAAAACAUAUAGGGCAUACCCCACUCCAAACACUGCUCUAUCAGUGCGAAACAACGUGAUAAAGCCAACAAAAACAGCCACGCAAGCUGAAACAAAAGAGAAGAAAGACAAAAAAAGGAAAAGAAAAAGCAAAAAGCAAAAGAAAAAGUCAAAUUUCCCCCUUGCUCCAUGUUGCUAGUUCAUUUAUUCGGAGGGGGUUUUCCAGUAAUUUGCGUGCCUUGCGAUAUACUGAAAAACUGAAAUGCGCAUCGUGGUCAAAUGACUGACAUACAAAAUACCUAUUUUUAAAUCACAACAAAAGCAUCCGGAGGCGCCAAUACAGUAUCGAAUCGCGUCAAAACGGCGUAGGACCGCGGUACAAGAAAAAAAAGAAAAAGCGAAUAUUUCAGAGACUCUCGCAUCGUGGUAGUGAGGGGGCUUAUCCCCUAGAAGAAGAAGAAGAAGUCGGUGGUUGCGGAAGUCGGCGUGUGUGAGCGCCUUUCCAGUUAAAUUUACUAUUUACCACAUACCCAUUCUUCGUAUACAAUCACUGUGGCUCCGGCCUGCAGACUUCACUUCCCUUUCAUCGGUAUCACAAUCACUAUCUUUUGCGUUCUGUCUCUCGCUCAAACUGUCCUAUCAGUUGAACUGUGACUCGCCAUUGCCAAUUGCCUAAUGCGCAUUGCAGAUUGCCGCUUGGUGUCCAAGCUGUAAACAACGGCGUGCCACAAGUCGUGAAUGGCAUUAGCAGUAGCAGCAGCAUAGACAGUGCCAGUGGGCGAGGCAAAUCGUAUCUAUCAUAUCCUAAAACGUUGCUACAUUCCUUUGACGUUGCGUGUUGGCGCGUCAUCGUCGUCGCCGUCGCCGUAGCCUUCGUCGUGGUUGCCGUUGCUGUCGCUAACAUUGUCGUCAUCAUCAUCAUCAUCAUCAUCCUCGUUCCUAUCCAAUCAUCAGCUGUGGCAUUGGCAGCUAAGUUUGUUGUUAUCGCAUUGUGUGUGGAAGACCAUCAAAAUAUCUUCAUUCGAAGAAGAUUAUCGGGCUGACAGGCCCAUGGUGCAGCGUGCAUCCUCCUCAGAUGCUCCCUCAACUCAGGGAGGCCAUCAUCGAGAAUCUCGAUUUGGCCUUGGAUACACAUCAUACCAAAGCGGAUACAAUAAACUAUUCACACAGGGUUCUGCCGACUCAAACUACUCACAACCGUCAUCCGAUCUGUCGCUAGACGAGGAAAAAGAAUCGCUUCGGCGAGAAAAGGAACGUCAGGCCUUAAGCCAGUUGGAUAAAGCGAGGAGCAAACCAGUAGCGUUCGCUGUGCGAACCAACGUAGCAUACGAUGGUGCUAUCGACGACGACUCGCCUGUACAGGGUGCUGCAGUUUCAUUCGAUAUGCGGGAGUUCCUGCACAUCAAGGAGAAGUUUGACAAUAACUGGUGGAUUGGGAGACUGGUUAAGGAAGGCUGUGAUGUGGGCUUCAUACCCAGCCCCGCUAAGCUAGACAACAUUCGCAUGCAGAAUCAAACUAGACCCUCAAGACUGUACGGCACAAAGGGCUCAUCUAGCGGGAAUCUAGGUGCGGGACAAGCAGGUGCGGAGCCAUCACGAGGUAGCACACCCCCCACACCUGGUGACGAAUCAGAUUCCAUGGGACCAGGACGACAUGGCAAAGCACCAUUGGCCGCGCAACCAAACAAGGAGAAGCGAAAGCCGUUCUUCAAGAAGCAGGAAACCGCCAGCCCAUACGAUGUGGUCCCAUCGAUGCGCCCCGUUGUUUUAGUGGGUCCAAGCCUUAAGGGUUACGAGGUAACCGAUAUGAUGCAAAAGGCGCUCUUCGACUUCCUCAAGCACCGUUUCGAAGGUCGCAUUAUCAUCACGCGCGUCAUGGCCGAUAUAUCCCUGGCGAAGCGUUCCAUUAUGAACAAUCCAUCGAAACGUGCCAUAAUGGAGCGAUCAAGCAGUCGUUCCGAUUGCCUAGGCAAAGUUCAGGAGGAGAUCGAGCGAAUCUUUGAGCUGGCCCGUUCACUUCAACUGGUCGUACUCGAUUGUGAUACAAUCAAUCAUCCGUCACAAUUAGCAAAAACUUCAUUAGCGCCAACAAUAGUUUACUUAAAGAUUAGUAGUAGUAAGGUUUUACAGCGUUUAAUCAAAUCACGAGGCAAAUCACAAGCUAAGAAUUUGUCCGUACAAAUGGUUGCCGCUGAAAAAUUAGCCCAAUGUCCACCCGAAAUGUUCGAUGUAAUUUUAGACGAGAAUCAAUUGGAAGAUGCCUGCGAGCACAUUGCCGAAUACUUGGAGACGUACUGGAAAGCCACGCAUCCGGAUCUUCGUACAGGCGCCGUACCGGCCAUUGCCAGGCCGCUGCCAUCUCAGGAAGUGUCGUCCUCACCAACCGCUGAACAAGCUCGACUGGGUCCAACACCACCAGUCGAUGGUGAGGAAUUUGAAGAGCUCGAGCCCCGCAUGGCAAGUAUCGAGCGCGAGGGUAGUCGGGAGCGGGAUCGGGAACGUGACAGUAGGGAAAGAGAACGCGAAAAUGAACGCGACUACUGGGAUAGAGAGUUCAACCGUGAUCGCAGCUCCAAAGACAGAGAAAGAGAUUUGGAGUGGGAGCGCGAAAGAGCACGCGAAUGGGAAAGAGAGCGAGAAAGGGAUUGGGAUAGAGAGUUCGAUUGGGACCAAGGAGGUGCAUCUUACCAUCACAGCCGACGCCAAGCAUCAGGAAGACACCAGGAGCGAAGCGGAGGUGUUGUUAGUGGUGGCGUGGGUGGCAUUGGCCAUUCAUCUGGCUAUGAACGCGACAGAGAACGUUAUGAACGCCAGGAACGGGAACGACUUCAUGCAAGGGAUCGCGAUCUAAUGCACUAUGAUCUAAAUAGCGACGAGAUGCUAGAUGAGCGGAACUUUGAAUAUCCAGCCAUGAGAAGUGGUCCAAGUGGCGCAUCCCAUCAUGGUCACCUAUCGCGUGGAGGUCGACUGCUGGACGAUGGGGACUUCGAUCGUGAGGAUCGAUUAUUAGGCAGCUCAAGAACACGCUACGGACCAGGACCAGGACCUUCAACUCGAAUUGAUGAUCCUCGUGAUGUGACACGAGCGACAGCUGUUGUCGAACGCGAUCGCGAUGAAUACAGUCCGCACAGAGGUGGUGGGAGUAGUAGGAGAAUGCUGAAUGCCAUGUAGGA